AUUUGGGACCAAGUGUAUUCUGUGCUGAAUACACUGAUUAUCAAGAUAAACCCUGAAAACGGCUGGAUUAACACCGUCAUGGAAAGUCAGUAUCACCACUUUGGACAGGACGAUGGCCAGUCUGUACGGGGAGAGCACAACAUCAGCACACAAUCAGGCAUGAAGAGGAUGGCGAUGUAUAUCCUUUACAUCAUCCUGGUGCUGCUGCUGCUGAUUCUGCUGAUGGUUACAGGGAUCAAAUUUUCCCAGUUAAACAGAGAAAUCACUGAAGUCAAAGUUUACCUUCAGACCAUCAGAAACAACGGAAAAGCUCCACUGUCUCCACUGUCUCCCACCGCUGAACCAACGGUGGAGGAGGUCGUUUUGAAGAAACUUGUCCCAGAGAGAGGACGAUGUAGGGCAGGAUGGGUGAGCUUCCAGGGAAGCUGCUACCUGCUCUCCCUCACCAGCAUCACCUGGAGCAAAGCAGAGGCUCAGUGCGUAUCACAGAGGGGACACCUGCUGGUGGUGAACGGCGCAGAGGAGCUGGACUUCAUUUCAAAAAUAGUUGAAAUCAGAUAUAACUACUGGAUUGGACUUGUGGAGCGACAUAAUGAAGGACAAUGGAGCUGGGUGGAUGGAACUGACUUCCACUCAACCCCAACUUUCUGGGACAAAGGUCAACCUGACAACUGGGACUACAGAGAGAAUGGAGAAGAUUGUGGGCAGAUUCACGCCUCUUCAAUUCGCAAACGCAAGCUGUGGAACGAUGCCGACUGUAACCUGGUGUACAGAUACAUCUGUGAAGCCAAGGCAUAAUGUUGUCAAAGAGAGACAUCCCAUGAAUGAUGAUCCCUCGUCAAUAUGUCAGAUCUGUUAAAGUGGGAAAAGAUGGCUAAAAUGCAAACAGAUGGAAACAUGCAUGCACUGUAAAUCUUUGAGGGUUUCAUUGAAAUGAUGGCCUGGGUUCUUUUUAAAUGAAUUUCAAUAAAGACACUUUCAGUGUUGAAGAUU